AUGUUUAACGAUCGAAAGCCCAAUACGGGCCCUGGAUUCGUGAAGGCCUACAGCAACAACUGGCUCACCCAGCUCGGUGACGUCUACAAAUACGAGUCCCCGAGGGGUGGUGGGCUGCGGAAGCGCGAUCAGCACCAGCACCGUAAGAUCGCCCUCUACAGCAUCCUGGCGAUGGCGUUCGUGGCCUUCUUCACACUGUUCAUGAUCGUGCACGAAGCCGAGCGGCGGAUGCGCCAGCAGGUUAUCGAGCUAAGCUUCGACAACGAAACGUCGAUCGAGCCGAGUGCCGGCGGCUUCAACACCGUCCUGACAACGCCCCUAUCCUCGGGGCUGAUGAAUCAGAGCGCCGAGUCUGCUGAGUCGUCGAUGAAAAGGGCACGCGGCCUGCGAGGCUCCGUAGCUGUUGGCCGUGACGGGUUGGUCCUCCUGCCAGCACGGUUUCUGAAGCCACCGCCGGUAGCGGGUGAAACGGACGCCCGGAGCCGGCUGUCCUGGUCCGGCGAAGGGGAACCCUUGCUGGAGGCCGAAGUCCUCACGACGCCCGAGUCUGCCGUUUCCCGCCGCAGCGAUGAACCGAAACCGUUCCACUUUAAGCCGAUUGGACUGGUUCCGGUAGGGUUCCAGCAGCAGCCGGUGUCGGGCGAAGCGAAUCACUCGUUGGCCGACAGCAUCCAGGGAGUGCUCCGUCAGCUCACGCUGGCCAAACGGCAGCAGCAGCUGCACUACAACUACCACCCGUACAGAGGUGCGAUCCCGUUGCAGCCCUCAGAGUUUAAUCAUCCGGUCCACCAGAACCAUCGGAUCAAGUUCAGCGGGAUCUACCGACAUCCGCGCAAAAACGGUGACAUUACGACCCUGUUCGGGGCCGCAUCGCAGCGCCCUCAGGAGGUGGUCCUCCAGCCACCGCAGCUCAUUAACCAGCAGCUCCAGCAGCCGAUGAUGCCGGACACGCUGUACAACUUCAAGCCACACGACCCGAGCGAUGUGAAUCUGCUGGCCACGGAACAGUUCCGGUUUGCGCCGCAGCCCCGCAACACCGGCUGGCCGCGGGAGGGAAUGCCCUUCUCGGUGAUGCUAAACCUAGAACCGGUGCCCGUCGUACGGCAACCCUAUCAGCCCCGUCAGAAAGGGCGCCGGAAUCGGUUCCGCAAUCCGUGGGCACCUCCCGCCAAUGAGCAGGCCUUCGCGCAAUUGUCCCCGUAUCGGGUGCGACCCCCCGGGAACGUUUACGGCGAAAGUGCCGAGUAUGAGCAGGAGAGCUACUUUCGUCGCAACGGCCCACCGGUUCCGGUUCCGGGCUUUGCCAGCCCGCUGAUUGGUCCGAGUCGGUUGAUGGUCCAUUUCAAUAUCUACCCGAAGCAGACGGCGGCCCAGCGAAAGUCUGAGCCACCCGCCUCGACGGAGUUGAACACGGGAGAGGAACGUCCGGUGGCUCAACCAACGGUGGCCACUUUGCGGGGCGGUUCAUCGACCACCACCAGCACCACCGAAGAGCAGCGAUCCUCCACCGUUCCGACGACGACACCCUCCUCGACGGUGGAGGUGCUCAAAUCGAUCGAGAUCCCGACGCAGAUCAACUUUGACCAUGUGCCGCUCGGUCGGCAUCCACCACCGCCUCGGCCGGAGCACAAUCCUUGGUUGGGCGACGAAGCGACGAACCGGUUGUGGCAGAUCAGCGCCUAA